UAUUACAAAGCAAAGGGAUUGCAGCGUUACACCUGUUGGGUUUGAAAUGUAUUCCAAGCAACAUUUGGUGGAAGGACUUUAUCAGGUCGUGGCAGGAACAGGAUUCAUGUGUAUGUAUUAUCUUAAACCCAAAAGAAUCAAAGAGCAUGAGCUGAAAUCACCAGAAACAAUUAAAAAUAAUAAUAUUGAGAUAUUGUGGUUGGUUUUGAUGAAUUAUGUGCCAACUUUGCCCAAAAUUGAAAGUAAAAAUGAGAAAUGGGAUCAACAUAUAAAAAGAUCUAUUUAUAUAUUUUGUGCAUUAUCAGGCAAAUACAUAUAGUGUUUAUUUGGGUUUAUGUCUAUAUUUAUUUAUGAGUAUUGUUAUUGGGACGUAAGAUACUGAUUUAAUUUGCAUUUUCCUUCGUUUAGUAGAUCA